CGCCCGCGGUCUCCUGCGUGUCGUCGGCUCUUCCCGCCCAGCUUGCCCGCUAGCUACCGGCGAGGCGGCAACUGGAACCCCCGCGGAGGGCUCUCGCACCCACCUUUGCUUCAGGAACCCGGAAGCCUGGUGUUGCUACAGGGAGCCAUGCGCCGCGUCCUGCCCAGCGUCCUGCCCUUGGGGCUGGUGUUGCUGGCCUGGGGGGCCCAAGGCCUCUUCCUGCCCAAUGCCACCCACUGGGAGCAGCUGCUCGCCAAGUACCGGCAGGACACGCCCCACGCCCGCUCCCGCAGGGCCAUCUCCAGGGCUGACCGCGAGGAGAUCCUGAUGCUGCACAACCAGCUACGUGGCCAGGUGCACCCGCAGGCCUCCAACAUGGAGUACAUGACCUGGGAUGAAGAACUGGAGAGGUCGGCGACGUCCUGGGCCCAGCAGUGCCUCUGGGAGCACGGGCCCUCCAGCCUGCUGGUGUUCAUCGGGCAGAACCUGGCCGUGCACUGGGGCAGGUACCGCUCCCCGGCGAUGCACGUGCAGGCCUGGUAUGACGAGGUGAAGGACUUCAUCUUCCCCCAGCCCCACGAGUGCAACCCGUGGUGUCCGGAGAGGUGCCUGGGGCCCACGUGCGCCCACUACACACAGGUGGUCUGGGCUACCACCAACAAGAUAGGCUGUGCCGUGAACACCUGCCCCCGCAUGGACGUGUGGGGGAGCAUCUGGGAGAACGCCGUGUACCUCGUCUGCAACUACUCUCCCAAGGGAAACUGGAUCGGAGAAGCCCCCUACAAAGUCGGCCCACCCUGCUCUGCGUGCCCGCCCAGCUACGGAGGCGGCUGCUGGAACAACCUGUGCUACAAAGGAAGCUUCCCUGGAUUUGGCCGACAGACGCUGCAUCUGCCCAAGUGCGCCCAUCAACCCUAUGUCCCUCGUCGACUUUUCCCGUCCCACGGUCACGACAGCGGGCCGCUCCAGGGCCAGGUGGCAGAAGAGACCCAGGACCGACAGCCCGAGACGGACGAGACGAACGAGGUGGAGACGGCGUCCAUUCCGGGAGAAAGAUACGUGUGGGAGCAGCCACGCGUGACCAGGCCCAUGAAGCCGGAGCGCACAGGCGAGGGCAGCUACAUGACGCAAGUCAUCCAGUGCGACACCAAGAUGAAGGACAGGUGCCAAGGGUCCACGUGCAACAGGUACCACUGCCCAGCCGGCUGCCUGCACGACAAGACCAAGAUCUUUGGGUCUCUGUUCUAUGAAAGUUCGUCCAGCAUCUGCCGGGCCGCCCUCCACCACGGGGUCCUCAACGACACGGGCGGGCUGGUGGACGUGACCAGGAACGGGAGGAAGCCCUUCUUCGUGAAGUCGCAGAAGCACGGCGUGGAGUCUCUGAGCAAGUACAAGCCUUCCGGCUCCUUCUUGGUGUCCAAAGUGAAAGUGCAGGACCUGGACUGCCACACCACGGUUGCUCAGCUCUGCCCGUUUGAAAAGCCCAUGUCCCACUGCCCGAGAGUGCGGUGCCCGGCGCUCUGUAGAGAUGAGCCAUCCUCCUCGGCGCGGGUUGUCGGGACCAACAUCUAUGCAGACAGUUCGAGCAUCUGCAGGGCGGCCGUGCACGCUGGGGUCGUCAUGGACGAACUCGGCGGUUACGUGGACGUGAUGCCGGUCGACGGGAAGAAGAGCUACGCGGGCUCGCUCAGGAACGGGGUUCAGUCGGAAAGCCUGAGCGCGCCUGGGGACGGCAAGGCCUUCCGGAUCUUUGCGGUCAGGCAGUGAAGUCCAGCACCAGGGACUGGGGCACGUCCUGCACAGGACUUCGGGGUUCUGCUUGUUACUUUACAGCGCUGGGUGGGUGUGGGUGGGAAUCCGGACAGUCAGGAGCCCUGUGAGUGGCGUCCGACGUCUCGUCCCUCUGUGGCCCCUGGCGAGGUGUUGUCUCGGGCCUCGGGUCCCGCCGGGGCCGGGGGUCUCCCUCGGGGGCCCUGACCUGUCUCUCAGAGCUCGCUGCCGGGUGCUCGCUGGGUGGUAGACGGAGGGGGAGGCCCGCACAGCCCCCCUCAGUGAGGCGUCCAGGGCUGCAGGGGCAGCGGGAGGAGACGCAGAGCGAGCUUCAGGAAUGGAGCGAACGGAUUUAUUUAAAAACAAAAGCCGCAGUUCUUCCCUGCCCCGGGGAAAACUGGGCUUGAUGUUUGCUGGUCAAACGGCUGGGGCCGGGAGAGGCCCGGGAGAGGCCCAAGCGCCCUGGCAGGCGCUGGCGCGGUGCCCCAAGCAGGCCGGUCCUGCACCCAGCAGUGCUGGCUCAGCGGAGCCCCCGGGACCCCGCACUCUGUGUGGCCACGACGUUUGGUCCCAUCGAGGACCGAGGAUCGGGAUCCUCUCUCUGCUCCCUCUGCGGCUCGCACCCUGCCCAGCUGCUGUCUGUCGCUCCCACCCGCGGCUGCCAUGCAAGCGCCGUGCUUUGCAGCCCACGUUCUCGGGGCUCCCGGUCUCCUCCGGUUCCGCUGAGCCGGCUGAGAACGGCAGAGAACGCUGCUCUGCGGCUGGUCUUUGAGAAGCCGACCGAGCGCGGGCGGGUGUGGGUGACCUAUUUUUCAGGGUGGGAGGACCGGAUUCCUGGGCGCAUUCCUCACUGAGGUUCGCGGCUCCGUCUGUGGUUGUGAAACCCACGGCGGCGCCUGGGCAGCGCGAGAGGGGGACCCUGGCAAGACCGCACUUCCUGUUUGUGUGGCCGGCUCCUGGCCACGGCUCCGGGAGCGCCGUGUCUCUGGCUUCCAUCACUUCGCGAAAGCUCUGCUGAAGCCCGGAGUUUGCCUGGUGACGUGAACGCCCCGGCUGUAGAUCGCUCUGCUCUGCGGGAGCAAAAAGUCCUCUGGCGUCCCCCUCCGGGCUGGCCCGCCUGUCCCUCUCUCCACGCCAGCUCCCCGUGUGAGCUCCCUGACAAAGCCCUUUCAAGGUCAAAGACCCUCCUCGAGCAGCUCUGCCUGGAGGCCUCUUCAUUGCGUCCCGGCUCUGGCUCCGGACACCUGUUGGGAGCCCCUGAAAAGCCAAGAUGCUCAGCUUGAGCGUCGGUGGGCGGGACAGCGUCUGUGGCAAGGCGUGAUGGGCAGGUGGCUCUCUGUAGGUCCUGAUUGUUGAGUGUCAAAUGUCGGAGGGAAAGAGCGUGUGCAGCCCCACCCUCCCUGCGACAUCUCUGGGCUGGAGUUGUGCAGCCUGUGACAAGCCGCGUCGAGGCCGCCAUGGGGUCUUCAGGAUUCCUUAGCCGCCGGGGCUGGGUCCCAGGAGGCUUGUUUCUGGAACUCCCAGGGUUUGCCCGGGGCUGGCAUGGUGCAAUGAGCUAAGCUCCUGCCUAUGACACCUGCACCCCAAGUCGGGGCGCCAGUUCGAGUCCCGGCUGCCCGCUUCCCAGCCAGCUCCCUGCUGAGGCGCCCGGGCAGCAGCAGGAGGUGGCCCGAGUGCUCGGGUCCCUGCCACCCUGUGGGAGACCCAGAGGUAGUUGCGGGCUCCCGGCUUUGGCCCGGCACGGCCCUGGCUGUUGCAGCCAUUGGGGAAGAGUGAGGUCCCGGAAGGAAGCCCUUGUUCCCGCCCCGUCUCUCCCUCCCUCUCUGUCACUCCGCCUUUCAAAUAAAUUGAAAAAUAAGUUACAGCCCCCAGCUCCUCGGGGCCAUCACCCGGGCCCGGGAGCAGGAGGGGCGGCCUCGCCCAUAGCAGGCCUGGCCGUUUCCGUCUGCACGAACGUUUCCCAGUCGGAGCCAUUUUUCUUUGGAAGACAGAAACGACUACAAAGGAGAAGCCCCUGUCAGCCGGGCUGCCCCUCCUUCUGUGGUCCUGGUGGCCUCAGCCCCCCCUCCCCCCCGCACCUGCCCUGCGUUUACAGCAAGGUGGGGGCGCGAGGCCGAAGGGCAGCUCACAGAGGGUGGGCGGGGUGCACCUGCCAGGCCUUUGGGCCGGACUCAGCCUGCCGUCUGCCUGCCUUCUUUUCUAUGAAGAAUGCGUCUUCCUGCUUGCUGUGGGCCGGAGUUGGUCGUACGUGCGUGUGUGCGCUCGGCGUGAGCAGGGGCCGCGCUAUCGCCGGCGGUGCGGUGCAGCCGGCGCGUUUCUGCCGUCUCUGUAACGCGUCUGUGAGGAACAAGUCCCAACCGUUCGUGAAAUAAAACCUCUG